GCAAUAUUAGUUCCAAAAGUAAACCAGAAAGAGGGGUGUCAGUUUUGUUUGUCUAUUUUUUUUGUUCUGUCAGAAAAGGGAAAGUUAUGGACACAUCAGACACUCCAUGGUGUUGGCAUUAUCUGGCAGACUGUGGAAGGUGGCACAGAUUUGAGGAUGAACCUGAUAACCCCCUGAGGAGCGAGGAUAUCGAGUCCCACUACAAAAUAAACUCCAAAGCGGUUUUAAAGGUGUCAUCAUCCAGCUGUGACAGACACAGUGACAUCGAUUUCUCAGGUAUCUGUUUUGGUUAUGUCCUCAUUUACCUGGAAAUACCUAUGCUGACAGGACUUCUGUGUUCUCAUACAGCAAUGUUACAAACUGACCUCAGCACAGGAAAGCAGAGAAGAAUCCAACGGGGCUUUGACUGUGGGAGAAGCUGUUCCUGCUUCAGCGUUGCUCCUGUCUUCUGGGAGAAUGUUGAUCCCACUUGUCCAUAUCAGUUAAUCCCUCUAAAAGAAGUCACUCCCGAGUAUCAGUGCGUGGCAGGUUAUGUGAAGAACGAUGGGCUGCUGAGAGGUUCCAUUGUAUCAAUCAGCAGGAUACAGAACAUUGACCUAUGGGAAAUCUUUUGCAGGAAAAAGAAACAGCUAAUGAGAAUCCAUGGCGUCAAAGAACUUCAGGAGCGACGACUGUUUCAUGGAACCCAAAUCAAAAACGUUGACAGCAUUUGCAAGUAUAACUUUGACGUACGGUUAGCUGGACAAAAUGGCCACGUAUAUGGCAAAGGAGUAUAUUUUGCAAAGCAUGCCUCGUAUGCAAACAAAUACAGCAGGAGCAGCAAGGAUCCGUUGCCUCUGUAUGGCGUGGAAACACAAAUUGUACAAGAAGCAACCAAAAUUAUAUUUCUGGCACGGGUGGUGAUCGGAAAAUCAAUUGUUGGACACAAAAAUUUCCUAAAACCUGAUAAUGGAAGUAUGGAAAACCCUCACCAGAGCUGUGUGGAUGAUAGCAAUAAUCCAACCAUUUUUGUUCUAUUUGAUCCAAAUCAAAUAUAUCCAGAGUACUUGAUUCAGUACAGUGACUGAAGAGGAUUUUAAAAGCUUUUUUAAAAGCGAGAUAGCACUGUUUACAGGUCGACCUUUGUCCCCUUUGUUUACAAUAUUUAUGACCACGUUACACAGAUUUGUCUUUGAAGGGCUUUAGAAAUAAAUUUC